AUAUAAAGCACUAUAAAGAGAAUUAUUAAAUAUAAUAAUAUUGCUGUAAGACUAGAUUUAAUUAAUUUAAUUGAAACGUUGAAAUAUUAGUAUUAUUGCUACUUUAAAGAAAUUUGGUAACAAUGUAUAAAAUAAGGUUACUUGUUGCACAAAAUAUAACCACAAUCUAUAAUAAUGUUACUCGAAAUAUUGUGUCUCUUUCCAUGCUAUCAGAGACUCAUCAGAUGUUACACAAAACGUGCAGGGAUUUUGCAGAAGGAGAAUUAAAGCCUUUAGCGGGAGAAAUAGACAAGAAACAUCUUUAUCCAAAAGAACAAAUAAAAAAAAUGGGUGAACUGGGUUUAAUGAGCAUAGCAGUUCCCGAAAAUGUAGGUGGAACUGGGCUAGAUUAUUUGGCCUAUGUUAUUGCAAUGGAAGAAAUAUCUAGAGCUUGUGCCAGUACAGGUGUUAUAAUGAGUGUACAUAAUUCCCUAUAUUUAGGUCCUAUAGAAAAAUUUGGCAGUAAAGAUCAGAAAGAAAAAUAUAUCACUCCUUUUACAAAUGGUAAUAAGAUUGGAUGUUUUGCUCUUAGUGAACCAGGCAAUGGUAGUGAUGCAGGUGCUGCUUCUACUAUUGCCAAAUUAAAUGGAUCUAAUUAUAUAAUUAAUGGUACAAAAUCAUGGAUAACAAAUGCUUAUGAAUCAGAUGCAAUUAUCUUGUUUGCUGCAACAGACAGAUCUAAAAAGCAUAAAGGUAUAAGUUCAUUCAUAAUUGACAAACCUACAGAAGGACUCAGUGUUGGUAAGAAAGAAGAUAAAUUAGGUAUUCAUGGAAGCAGUACCUGUUCAUUAAUAUUUGAAGAUUGUAACUUACCAAAAGAAAAUGUAUUAGGAGAACCAGGAAUGGGUUUUAAAAUAGCAAUGAUGACUCUAGAUGCUGGCAGAAUAGGCAUUGCUGCUCAAGCUUUAGGCAUAGCUCAAGCAUCUCUGGACUGUGCAGUUGAGUAUGCAGCUAAACGACAAGCAUUCGGUAAUUCUAUAAUAAAGCUACAAAUAAUUCAACAAAAAAUUGCUGACAUGGCACUAAAAUUAGAAAGUUCAAGAUUAUUAACAUGGCGAGCAGCCGCACUUAAGGAUAAUAAUAAACCUUAUACAAAGGAAGCUGCUAUGGCAAAGUUGUCGGCAUCUGAAACAUCUACUUUUUGCACUCAUCAAUGUAUACAAAUUUUAGGUGGUAUGGGUUACGUUACUGAUAUGCCGGCAGAACGUCAUUACAGAGAUGCGCGUAUUACGGAAAUUUAUGAAGGUACAUCAGAAAUACAAAGACUGGUUAUUGCUGCAAAUAUUAUCAAAGAAUAUAAUCUUAAUUGAAGUAUUUAGAUGUAAUAUAUAUUUUUUUACUAAAACCCUUUAUAUGCAAGCAAAAUAUUUUUAUAUAUUCCAUUAAUUUUUUAUAUAUAUAUAUCUGUUCCUUACAUGAGAAAAAGUCAAUAAAUUUUAUAUAUUAUCAUUGCAAAGUAGCUUUUUUCCUAGAUGAGUCAACGUCACAAAAUAUAUAUAUAUAUAUAUAUAUAUAUAUAUAUAUAUAUAUAUAUGUAUGUAAAUAUU